AUGCCAGGAAAAGUGUAUGGCUUCGAGGACUGCAGGGUAAUCGCAGCCAAAGACCCAGGCGCAGCGAUCAUAAUUAUGAACAACGACCUACAGGUCAUAGAACUGACCCAGCACGUCUCAACAUAUACCGCCGCCAUAAGGGUGGGACAUGGCCCAAGAUCUGCAGUCCUUAUAUCUGCAUAUUUUAAAUAUAACAUGCAUACGCACGCAUUCACCGAUAAACUUAGGGCAAUACUCGAGUGCGUCAGCGAAACGAUAAUCGGGGCCGAUACUAAUGGUCACUCGCCAAGAUGGUAUAGCGCUGAUCUCAACCAAAGGGGGCGCAUAGUCGAAGACCUCAUCGAUGAUUACAACCUCAGCAUCAUAAACUCACCUGGUCACAUGGAUACCUAUGCCCGCCGAGGCAUGGGAUCCUCAAACAUAGAUGUGACACUCAGCACGCGAGGCAUGGCUGGUAACAUCAUGGGCUGGCUAGUAAGCGACGUGACUGAUAGCGACCACCGCUUACUCAGCUAUGCCCUGGACAUCACGAUAAGUAGGACUCAAGAAAGUAAACGCUUUGACGUUGGCAGAGCGGACUGGGACCGUUUCUCUCAGGAACUAGCAAGAAGCAUUCUGACAGUCCAGACGACGGCUGGUCUCAACGCACAUGCGUCAACACUGAUAGGUGCCAUAACCACCGCCGCCAAAAAAGCAAUUCCAACAAGGACCGGCAGACGGUGGAACAUAAAAAGACAGCCUUGGUGGACGGAGACACUUACCUCCAUGAGGAAAAGGUUAAAUUUGGCCAAAAGACAAGGUCUCAUGCUUCAUGACAGACAGGCAUACAAUCGCCUGAGGAAUCACUACCUUCAGGAAAUAAGAAGUUCUAAAAUGACGGCAUGGAGAAAUAUGUCCGACGAUAUAAACGUGCACACCUGGGGCAAACCGUUCAAGUACGCGAAAAAUGGACCUCGCGUGAUAGGCGUCACCUGCUCAUUAAGCGGGGCAGAUGGGACCCUUACAAGGACAGUCGACGAGACAAUAGCAGUACUGCUAGAUACCUUCGUUCCUGCAGACCCGGACCAGGUUGUGUCACACAUACAAUUAUUGAUAUACAACAACAAUAUCACUCCCAGUUUUUCUAUAUUUUCUCCGGUUACAGUUGGUCGUUUUUUCCGUUUUAACUCUUAA